AUGACAUUUGACGUUAUUAUUCAUGUUGUUAUUCAUAUUUCCAUUUUUGACUUUCAUCCUCAGCAAAAGAGAAAAAGAAUUAUAAAUAGAAUUAUAAAACAAGCUAUGAAUAGGUCAGCGCCUAUCCACUUACAAAGCUCAAAAUCGGCUCCUGUUCAAAAGACAACAAAGCAGUAUAGUUUUGAACCACAUCGUUUACCACCAUCACCACCACCAUCAACAUCACCUUCCUUUAAAUCAGUCAAUUCACCUACACGUAUUAGCGCCUUGCGUGAAGCUCGUCUUAAUCAAACAUUUCUAUUUCAAUCUAAUGGUCGAUUACGUUCUCAUCGUGUUGGAUAUGCUAUCUAUGGCCCACACAAUGGACAUCCGGCAUUUGUUAUUGGAGGAUAUGGCUGUACACGACUCGUUGGUAUCAUGUUUGAAGAAUUAGCAAUACGUUACAACAUUCGUAUGAUCUGGCCAGAACGACCUGGCUAUGGACUUAGUCAACCCAUUUCUUCUCAACGAAUACGAGCUCUUGAUUGGGCUCACGUCGUUAUUCAACUUGCCAAUCAUUUGAAAAUUGAUAAAUUCAGUAUCAUUGCUCAAUCGGUAGGAACUGUCUUUGCAUUAGCUGUAGCAUAUCGAUAUCCUGAACGUGUGGUGGGCCCUAUUUUCUUGAUUUCACCUUGGGUCUCAACACAGGCCGCACAAACAUUUAAAUGGACUCGACGAUUACCUGCCCCACUUGUAGCCAAGACGAUCUCAUUGGCCCUUGAUGUCAUGUGGAUGUUCACAAAGUCGACAACAACAUUACCAUUUACUAAAGAUAAUGAUGAUGAUGAUCAUCGUCAUCAUCGUCAUCAUCACCAUCACCCCGUUAACAAUUCAAAGUUUCGAAAUACGAUCGUAGCUUUUGAGGAGGACGAGUUAUUGGCUUCAUUUGAAGAAGAGGCAGCAUUUGAGUUAUCGACCGAUUUUCCAACACAACGACCAUUACGGCAUUUUGUUCGACCCAGACAUAUAUCACUUUAUUUAGCCAUGAAUCAGCAACGUCUGUCAGAGAGCUAUAGUCAAGGCCAGUUAUGCGAUGUCAUGGUUGCCCUUGAAAAAUAUCAUAUGUUUGGAUUUAGUUAUACAGAUAUAAAAGUGCCUGUUUCUGCUGUCUGGGGUGAUAAGGAUGGACUGAUAUCAGCCAAGGCAAUUCAUGUAUUCGCUAAUAGUUUACAUGAUGUUCGACUCAAGAUAUUAGAAAGUGAAGGUCAUGAUUUGGUAUGGAAGGAAGGUGUGAUGGAAUGGGCCAUUCGUGGUAUUUCAGAACGAUUUACAGACAUGAAGAAAAAGUGUUGA